CAAUAGUUUCUUUGAUGCCUGCGGGGUGUCAUUUCUUAAGAAAAAAAUAUAUUGAUUCGAGUUCGUACGACAAGGGCCUAAUAAUGAUGAAGAAUUGCUAUAAUAGUACAUUUUUACAAGAUUCUGCGACACAUAAUCCUUGUGUGAGCAAAAUAUUUAGAGUUUAUUUGUAAAAUGUCGUAGUCGGAAAAAGGUGUUGUGUUUGUUUUCGGUGUUUCGGUGGUAACGAUGGCCAACUCUCCUACGAGUAUAGAGACGCAAAUAGACAGCUUCUUGGAACAGUUCAAGAGAAGUGCUUCGAAAGCUAUGGAAGAACGUAUGGAGUGGCCUGACGGUCCAUCUCCAGGUGCAAUCGUUAAAUCACGAAGCAGCUGUUUUACACUAGAUUCUUCUUCUGGUGAAGCGGAGUGCGAUGGGUGCGGCAGCGACGGCGAGGACGGUCGCAGCGUGGGCGAGUUGCUGCUCCCGCAGUACGCGCUGGCGACGGGCGGGCUGGCGCGCGACCAUCGCCCACUCAUCACAUUCCCCGACAACAACAACUUCCACGUGCUAUCCGCCGCCGAGUAUCGCCGCCUCCUUCUCUACCUCACCUCUGUGCCCUCUAUAUUAGAAGCUGAAAUGGGAUUCCAUAUAAUAAUAGAUCGAAGAAAAGAUAGGUGGAAUUCUGUUAAGGCAGUCCUACUUCGAAUAUCGGAGUUUUUUCCGGGUAUUAUUCACGCUGUAUAUGUACUACGACCAGCAAGUUUUCUCCAAAAAGCCUUAUCAGAAGUUAGCAAUAAACUGUUCAAAGAGGAGUUUCGUUUCCGAGUUCUGGUUUGUUCCUGUGUGGAGGAGUUGUACGAACACUUCGACAGGUCUCAACUUACGCCGGACCUUGGCGGAGAACUGCAGUAUUCACAUUCAGAGUGGAUUCAACAGCGAAUUGCAUUGGAGAAGUUUUCAACGUUGAUGAAAGAGAUAUCGAGUAAACUGGAUGACUUCAUGCACGAAAUAGUGGACUGCGACAUGGGGAAUGAUCCCACACAAACCAAAGAAUUAUUAGACUGUCAAGAAUCUAGAUAUAAAGCUUUAAAAACAGAAUUAUCGUCGGCAACUACUCAAGGAGAGGAGCUGCUGACACAAGUGCGAAAACCAAAUCUUACUUAUAACAUUAUAAGCCAUGUAGCGGCUGUUGAAAGAUUAUUGGUGCAACUUGAAGAGACUGAAAAACAAUUCGACAGUUUCUGGCAAAAACACUCAAUGAAAUUAAACCAUUGGUUGAUGUUUCGAACAUUUUUAUUAAACUUUAAACAAAUGCAGGCUACUUUAGAUUCCCAUUUAAAGAACGCGUGCGAUAUGACCGAAGUCGGUGAAACAGCAGUUAGAGUCGACGGCCUUAUACAAGAAGCAAAUGAAUUUGAAAAACUAUGCAACUGUGAUCUAGAUGCUGCUUCAUCAGUGAUCGAAGAAGGUGAAAAAUUAAUGAAAGAUCCAUUGAGCUCCGUGGACCAUAUAGAAUCAAAAUGCGAAGAAUUAAGGCGAACGAGUUCAUUAUUGAUAGAAAAAAUACAAAAACGAAGUAUGUUAUUAAUAAAAGCAAGAGAACUAAUGGACAGGAUAGAUAAGGCAAACGAAUGGUGCGCGACGGGCGUGGAGAUCCUGGCGGGCGAGGGCGGGCUGCUCGCCGUGGACAAGCUGCUGGACGACGCCAAGAGCUUCGGCCUCGACGCGCCCGAGCCCUUCCGCGACAUGCUGCUGCACUCCGCCACGCAGGAGACGCGCGCACUCGUCACGCAGGUGUGCCAGCGCGUGGAGGACGUGUGGCUGAUGGUGUCGGUGAAGCGCGCGUCGCUGCAGCGCGCGGCGGCGCGGCCCGCGCGCCCCGUGCACGCCGUGCCGCCGCACGUGGCCGCCUCGCAGAUGGAAACAUCAGGAGGUUCAGAAAGCUCAGGGGGAGAGGACGCAGAGGCGCGGCGCUCGCGGCGCGGCCACGUGCUCGCUGAGCUGCUGCAAACUGAAAGGGCUUACGUGCAAGAACUUGGAUCAAUACUCUCUGGUUAUAAAGAAGAAAUCGAAAAACCAGAAAAUCAACACGCCCUACCAGCAGCAUUAGUCGGACAAACUGAAGUAUUAUUUGGAAAUUUACACGAACUAUUUACAUUCCAUCAAGAAAUUUUCUUAAAAGACUUGGAGAGAUCAAUUUCAGCUACCGAACUCGUCGCAUUAUGUUUUGUUGAAAAGAGGGAGACGUUUUUCCGCCUAUACAGCUACUACUGCCAAAACAUCCCGCGGUCAGAAAGGCUACGAGAGACGUUAGUGGACACUCACCUAUUUCUGCAAGCUUGCCAGCAACGUCUUGGACACAAAUUACCUUUGGCCGCCUAUCUACUGAAACCAGUGCAGAGAAUCACAAAAUAUCAACUGUUACUUAAGGAUUUACUACGUUAUAGCGAGUGCGGUUCAAUGAGCUCUGGCUUGCAACAAGCGCUUGACUGCAUGCUAGUCGUUCUCAAGUGUGUCAACGAUUCAAUGCAUCAGAUAGCCAUUACUGGAGUUCCUGUGGAUUUGAGUCAACAAGGCGAGCUGCUACUGCAGAGUUCAUUUCUCGUAGUGUCAGAGAACAAACGUGAUCUCCGACUGAGGAUACGGCCGAGACGUCGGCAUAUUUUUCUUUACGAAAAAGCAAUGCUAUUUUGCAAAUCCGCUACAAAGAAUAGUCAUAACAAAGCAACCUAUCACUUCAAACAUGAUCUCCAAAUGUCACAAAUUGGGCUGACGGAGUCGGUUAAGGGCGACCUGCGUAAGUUCGAGGUGUGGCGUCAGGGCCGCGCAGAAGUACACACCAUCACCGCGCCCACCGCUGACAUCAAGCGUGUGUGGGUGGAGCGCAUCAAGCGUGUGCUCCUCGACCAGCUCAACGAGCUCAAGGGCGAGCGCGUGCGACAGUACGGCGCGCAGCAUCGGACGCUGAUCCAGGCGAGCUCGUGGGAGCUGGGCGCGGGCGCGGCGGCGCGGCCGGGCGCGGCGCCCGCGCGCGCGGCCUCGUGCGACGCGCAUGACGAGCCCUGCUGGUCCACCGACCCCUCGGACGACGACGACGACGAGCCCGAACACGCACCGGCGGUGGGGUGUGCGCUGGUGGCGCUGUCGGACUACACGGCGGUGGGCGCCAGCGAGGUGUCACUGCGCGAAGGACAGCACGCCGACCUGCUCAAGGUGGGCUGCGCCGGCUGGUGGUACGUCCGGCUCGCAGGUGGUCAAGGGGAGGGUUGGGCGCCAGCGGCUUACCUAGACCAGCGCAAAACUUCGCGUUCCUCAAGUCGCUCGCACGACCGUCUGCACGACCACUGAGCGGUCCGGCGCCACACGUGCGAUAUACUUUUAUUCAACCCUCAUAAGUCAUGUGACGUUCGGUAUAAAAGCUGUUCGAAUGAACGCUUGCAAAUUGAUAUAGCUGUUGAAGGAAAUGUUUCGAAAUGUCCUCUAGAACUACCCCAUAGGCGUAGUUGUGUUAGGAUAAUAUCGGUGUUUGAGUGCGCUAGAAAUGAUUGCAUUUAAUUUAGGAUUUUGAUUGUCGUCUAAUGAAAGUGUCGUUUUAAAAAGUAUUGUUGCAUUGUCGGCAAUUAUUGUUCGGUUACGUUUUUCGAUGUAUUCUUUGAGUACUAUUCAUUGGUUGUGUUAAAAUAUUUGUCAAUCGUAUAUUUUUUUUUAAAGUAUUAAAAAAUAUAAUUACACUUAUUUUAUAUUAUGAUUUAAUUUGUAUGAAUAGAAUAUUGAUUAGCGCCUGCCACCCCACUUGUUAAUGUUAAUAUCGAACAAUAAUAAUGUUAGUAUUGUUCUAAAAAGCUUUAUUGUAAAUUAGUUUUAGAUAUAGAUCGUUAUCGUUACGAUAAUCCAAAGCUCUGUAUAGUGGCGUAGGACGUUGUUAAAGCAGCCGUGACUGUAUUUCUUUUGUAAAUAUAUAUUAUUAUUUUAAUUAUAGUUAUUUAUUCCGACGGUAGGUGUGCUUCGUCUCAAUUAUCCAUGACAAUUUCUGUGUUCGACAUUUCUUUGUGUACCCGUCAUUAUGUAUGUGUGGCAAGUUACAGUGUGAAUCCUGGUGCGUUUCCACUAAAUAAGUUGUUAAUGUCAGUUGCUAUUCUUUAGAAAAACACAUUUUUAAUAUUACUUGUUGUGUAUCUAUGUUUGUGAACGACUUUAUUUUUAUACAGAAAUUUUAGUCAUCAACAGUAUUGACAACAUAAAAUUUUGGUGGGGACGCAUCUUUACAUAAUAUUAUCAAUAGAGCUGCUAUUUGUGAAACCAACAGAACUGAAAGGAAUUGACAACCUCCCUGUCCAAACAGCAGAAACAAUGACCAUGAGUCAUGUGACUCACGGGUCUCACCGGACAGGGAGAAGGUUAAAACACGAAAUUUAGAUUAAUAUUCAAACACUCUAAAAACACUAUUCGACAGAAAAAAAAAUCUUAUGGUAUAUACAUAUAAUUAUAAAACUUACUCUUGUUUAGGACUGUUAAAUUAAAACACAAUAAUCGUAAUUGAGACAUUAAAAAAUUUACUUGAUAUUCAUUAAAAAAAAUUGCAAGUUACUUCAAUUUAAAGUUUUGCACUGAAUGACUACUCAUGAUAGCAGCAUCUAUUAAAUAAUGUUUAUUAUUUUCGUUUAUCAUAUUAUCGCAGAGUUUACACUCUGAUAUGCGUGUUUUAAUAAUGACAAAGCGUCAUCGUGUAUGUGUUUUAUGUAACGAAAAUGCUGGUGCCUACGAUUGCUUUGCUGCCUAUCUUAAGUAUUAAAUAAAUACUAGUCGCGAUUUUGUAUAACCCUCGUACCUAUAUAUAAUUGUCGUUGUCAUUUGAAUGUUAUAUAAUAACUAUAUCAUCUCAUUGCAUAUCAUCUCGACUUUGUCAUAAAACAUAUUACCUUUUAUUUAAAUCUAUCUCCGUACAUCAUGUACCUGUCCGAAGCAUCCCAUUGAAAAAAAAUAACGUUGUACCUACUGAGGUCAUUAUAACGCUGGCCACGAAUUACACACAUUUGUCCAUU